AUGGCUUCCAAGGGCGUCCUUUCCGAGACCCUUGCGUCCAUCACGGCCAUCAAGCUCGAGCAGCUGAGACAGCAGCGAGAUGGGUAUGAGACUAAGAAGGCUGCGCUGCGUCAGAAUGUAGCUUCCAAUCCCGACAUCGUGGCCCGAGCGAGAGCGUUGCUCAAGGGCUGCGACGACCUCGAAUCGGUUGGUUUGCAGAAGGUUUAUGCGUUUUUGAGUCUGGACGAGUUCCUCGACCAGGCUGAGUACGACCCGUCCAUCACGGAGCCUCUGUUGAAGAAGUACGAGGACGAGAUCCACGCCCACAUGGAUGCUCAGACGAACAAGUACGAGUUUGCCUCGCUCUACGGCAAGCUGGUGGAAGAGUGGAUCGCGUCCGGCAACGCCUCGGCCACCCCCUCGGCUGAUGGCGGUGCCGAAUCUGCUGCGGCCGGCCGCGAAGAGAUGCACCAGCAGCGGGCGACCUGGGAAGAGCUCGUUUUCCGACCCAAGGAGACGGAUGGUGCCGCCAUCAAGGCGUACAUGGAUGACGUGUUUUCAUCGAAGGAGGCUAAGCGAGCAUUGACGGGCCUGAGGGAGAGGCUAGAGAAGUUUCAGGAGGACUGGACAUCCUCCACCCAUUUCGACGAGGAGUCUCUCGAAACCGUCAUCCGGUCGAUGCUUCGAAGUGAUAUUCUGACGGAGGAGAAGCGCGCCACACUGCGCGACUUCCAAUCGAAUAAAGUCGUCCUCUCGGAGAUUGCUGACGUGCUCAACAUGCGCAUGUCCACCAUUGCCGACUGGACAUGGGGCUCGCCACUCAUUGUCGAGCAGCGCCGGAACCUCAACGGCCGGUACCGGUUCUACACGGACGAGGACUUGCUGCAUUCGAUCCUCGUCUUCUACGUCGGCCUCAAAUGGGCGAGCGAGUUCCGCACAGCCCUCACCGCUUUUGUCGAUGCCGAAGGGGUCUGGAAGCCGGACACCAAGCCUAUGUCCAAGGCUGAGGCCCGGCGCCGCCGGUAUUUCCUGAACAACCAGACUGUGCUCCACUCUCACUCGGUACAAAAGUUGCGCGAUGAGCAUUUUCGCUCGAUCCUCUUCGACCAGUUACCUGAGUCCUUCGAGGCCUUGAGAGGCUCCAAGCCGGGCCAUGUCGCUGUGGUCCAAGACCUUUUGCACCGUCUCCAGGCCGAGAUCAUCAUGCAGACGAAGCUAGGGAACGAGAUCACGGUGAUCCGGUCCGACUUCAAGUGGUUUGGGCCUUCGCUCCCCCAUUCGACCAUCUUUGCGGUCCUUGAGUACUUUGGGCGGGAUCCGCUGGGUGCUCCUGCGCGGACGCGGAAACGUGGCACGCUGUCAAUUCUGUUUGCCCUGGAUUACGCAGUCAACCAGCAAGCUUCCGGGCUGCGCCUGUACCGGCUUCACGACGACAUGUGGCUCUGGGGGAACUCGACCACUUGCGCCCAAGCGUGGGAUGUGCUCAACACGGACAAGACGGGCUCGGUGCGAAUUGGCCCUCUCAACGGCAAGGCCUUAACGACGAUUUCUGAGGGGGCACUGCCGGAGGGCGACGUGAAGUGGGGAUUCCUUAAGCUGGAUCGCGCCACCGGCCGCUUCCGCAUCGACCAGGAUGAGGUGGACAAGCACAUCGAUGAGCUGCGUCUUCAACUGUCGGCGUGCCGCAGCAUUUUGGACUACAUCCAGGCGUGGAACAUUUACGGCCACCGGUUCUUCAUCAACAACUUUGGCAAGCCGGCCAACUGCUACGGGCGUGCCCACAUCGACAGCAUGCUGUCGACCUUCCGGCACAUCCAGGACAAGCUCUUCCCGGGUCAAUCUGGCGGCGUCGGGGAGUAUCUCAAGCAAAAGAUUGCCGCCCAGUUCGACAUGCCGGCCUCGUCCAUCCCCGACGGCUACCUCUACUGGCCCUCUUCCCUGGGCGGCCUGGGCCUCAUGAACCCGUUCGUCUCGGUCCUUCUCCCGCGCCGCGACGCUCCGGAAACGCCGGAGAAGGUUGUGGACGAAUAUCUCGAGGGGGAGGAGUUGGCGUACUCGCUUGCCCGAAACCGGUUCAACGAAAGCUCCGGGUACAACUCGGACGGAUCCUCGGUCAACUCGGAGGCAUCGUCGUACUCUUCGGCCGCCGAGAACAACGGGUUGGCCCUCCCGGGGGGCACGCGGCAGGAGUGGCGGGACUCGCCCGAGUUUUUGGACCUGCGCGGAGAGCCUUUCAUGUCGAUGGCCGAGUUCUCGCGGUACCGUGAGCGCACCGACCCAAAGCUGGGCCGCGCGUACGAGGAACUCACCGAGGAGCCCCAUGGGGGGAGCGUGCAUAUGAGCAAGGAGGUGCGGGCAACAGAGGAGGGGGAUGACGCGUGGAAGAGAUUAGACAACUAUGAGAGGUGGGUGGUGCAGCUGUUCCACAAGGACAUGCUGGCGCGGUUCGGGGGUUUGGAUGUGGUGGAUGCGGGGUUGUUGCCGACUGGGCUGAUGAGUAUGGUGCGGGAGAGCCGGUUCCAGUGGCAGGUGUAG